AAGCCCAGCAGACGCAGCAGCUCGGCUGGUAGCCACUACCUACUCCUCUUCUCCGGUGAGCCACCGGCGAUGGGUAGCAGCCGCCGGCGGGGCGACCGCCAGCUCCUGCACCGCCUCCUCGCGCUCUCGUCGCUGCUCCUGCUCGCCUCCGGGGAGGUCAUCUUCGAGGAGCGAUUCGAAGAUGGUUGGGAGACUCGGUGGGUGAAAUCCGAUUGGAAAAGGAGCGAAGGGAAAGCCGGUACAUUCAAGCACACGGCAGGAAAAUAUUCCGGAGAUCCUGAUGACAAAGGCAUUCAAACAACAAUAGAUGCUAGGCAUUUUGCUAUCUCAGCCAAGAUACCGGAGUUCAGUAACAAGGGCCGAACAUUGGUGGUCCAGUAUUCCAUAAAGUUUGAGCAGGAAAUUGAAUGUGGUGGCGGCUAUAUUAAGCUAAUGUCUGGUUAUGUCAACCAGAAGAAAUAUAGCGGAGACACUCCAUACAGCUUGAUGUUUGGGCCAGAUAUAUGUGGGACUCAAACAAAGAAGCUGCAUCUUAUACUCUCUUACCAGGGGCAGAACUACCCUAUCAAGAAAGAUCUACAAUGCGAAACCGACAGGCUGACGCAUGUUUACACAUUCAUUCUUAGGCCCGACGCAUCUUAUAGUUUACUUGUUGAUAACCGUGAAAGAGAAUCUGGGAGCAUGUACACUGAUUGGGACAUCUUGCCUCCUCGUAAAAUUAAGGAUGUUGGUGCCAAAAAGCCUAAGGAUUGGGAUGACAGAGAGUACAUUGAGGAUCCAGAUGCGGUUAAACCUGAGGGAUAUGAUUCUAUUCCAAGAGAGAUUCCUGACCCAAAGGAUAAAAAGCCCGACACAUGGGACGAUGAUGAUGAUGGCAUAUGGAAACCUAGAAGGAUACCGAAUCCAGCAUACAAAGGACAGUGGAAGCGCAAGAAAAUUAAGAACCCUAACUACAAGGGUAAAUGGAAGAUCCCAUGGAUUGAUAAUCCAGAGUUUGAGGAUGAUCCAGAUUUAUAUGCACUGAAACCUCUGAAGUAUAUUGGAAUUGAAGUUUGGCAGGUAAAAGCCGGCUCAGUAUUUGACAACAUUCUCAUUUGCGAUGACCCGGAAUAUGCAAAACAGGUUGCCGAUGAAACAUGGGGUGCAAAUAAGGAGGCUGAAAAGGAGGCUUUUGAAGAAGCUGAAAAGGAGAGGAAAGCUAGAGAAGAUAAGGAAGCUCAACAAGCAAGGGAGGAAGGAGAGCGACGGAGGAGAGAGAGGGGUGAUCGACACCGUGGUAGGGACCAUUACAAGGACAGAUACAAAAGACGCAACAGAGAUCACUGGGAUGACUACCAUGAUGAGCUUUGAAGCCCCCCAAAAUCUUCAAUUCUUCCAAGGAGAAACUGGGUUUUGACACAGACAUUGUGUUAUAGUUGCUUCAAAUAAAUGAUAAUUGAAGUGUUUCUUGUCUCGUGUGAGGGAAACUGAUUGAAUUGACCACGAAGAUCAUUCCUAUGUAACAGCAGGACAGACAAUUCCACUUAUCCUGGAAAGUAAAAAAUCUUGGCCUUGGCCCUGAAAUGCGAUGUUGUGUGUGUAGUGUACAUGGUCGGUGAUGUACUUCCUUUUUGUAAACUCAGAACAUUACCUUUGCUGAUAUAAUAAAGAGGUUCCAUAUUUAUUGCAUAACACAAA